AUGGAAGAAAAAAAAUUUGAAAAUCCAUCCAGUCCCUCCGAACCAAAAAAUCUGACCAAUUUCGGUUCGAUAUCUACAAUAGACACCAAUGUAUCAUCUGACUUGAUAAUCGCCGAGAAGGUUGCCGCACCGUUGAAAAUGAAUCUUCGGAUACUUGCGCUAGAUCCCGAUGGUCCUGAUUUUACUAUAGCAAUGGACGGGUUAAAACCAGGUCAAUGCUUGGAGAUUUAUCAUUUGAACGAGGAAUCAGAUAUUGGUAAACAUUUAUUUGUCAAGGUCGAUAAAGAAAACAUAAGGCUCAAUCCCGGUGCACAGUUGCAGAUUUCGGUGACAAGUAAUAUUGCCAACUCGUUUGGCUUCGUGACAAAUUCCACCGUUAUGGUUCGCGAGGUUGACGCAGAGACCGUUGCUGUUAACUAUCCGGCAGAUCAUGUUGAAUUAUAUUUUCGAGAUCAAUAUAUUGGUAGGAGUGAUAUGUGGCGAUUAUCUCGAAGCCUUAACAAUACUAUUGUUUACCAGGAGAGACGGAUAACGCUUGCAAAAACCAUUCGCGCCAAUGUGAAGAAGAUUUAUGUUAAAGGAAAACAAGUGAAAUGUGGGUAUAUAACAGAAAACACAAAAACAAUUUUUCGAUCAGAAUCGGCAAAAUUAUUCAUCUUUGUUCAAAUGUCUAAAGAAAUGUGGGAAUUUGAUGAAGACGGAGAUCUAUAUUAUGAGAAAACGGUUGACGGGUUUUUCAAAGAAUUGUUUUGUCAUUGGAAAGAGCGCGGAACAAACCAUGUGAUCUCGAUAGUCUUGUUCUCGAGAUUAUUUUACGAUUACGAAAAAGACCUAAAAGACGACCCUGAUUUGCUCAAUGACCCCACAUUAAUGAAAAAUCAUGAGGGAAAAUGGUGCCGGGACUUCUAUAAGGUUAUUGUAGAUUGGGAGACAAGGAACGAUUGGACAACAGCGUUAAAGGAGUUGAAGAAUGAACUCUUGAGUUAUCAGCCCAAAAUAUUGUUAAGAGAGAAAAGAAAAGGUGAUAGUGUGUAUAAUGUAUUAUCGGGAACGAAUUCAUAUGCUUUUUCAGGCAACAUUCUGGAAGCCAUAAAUUUGGCAAUGAACCCUUUUGACAAGCACUACGUGGAUCGGGAUUUAUUACGUACUGGAUUAUCAAUAAUUGUGGUGACACCUGGGUGUGGAAGGUUCGAGGUCGACAAAAAAGUCCUAAGGGUUACCACAGAACGCAUGACGGAUAACGGGAUAGGAUUAGAUCUUGUGUGUCUAUCAAAGGUUCCUCUUCACAUCGUACCACUAUUCAAAUUUAAGUCCAUAGAACUUUCCAAGGCUCCUGUACCAGAUUUAAUACAAAAAACAAUUGGUCACAAGCUGCAAACUAAAGAUUUGCUAAAAAUGGAUAUAUUGGAUCCAUUAGACUAUGACGAAAAGGAAAAUGAUACAACUUAUUCAUAUUAUAAAAGUCCGGAUUGGGUAGAUUGUACUUUCUACUCGUAUAAUCGGAACAAACCAAGCGUGCCCUCCAAGUUUAUCACACGAUGCAAGAUGUAUGAGAUACAGAUGAUGGGCAUCAUGGAGCAUGAGAUAGAAUCGAUCAGGAUUCCGUAUUUAUAUAGCUCACCGUACUCACAGGCAGGUGACAAUUUUGACUAUGAUGGUUACGAUGAAAAUAUUUUUUCUCGCAACAUAGUUCCUAAGUCAAAAAAAAAAAGAAUUGGGUUGGGUGGUAUAAACUUUACUUCAAAUGAUUACAAUCCGCAUCUUAAAAUUCAUGAUGAUAUAACUUCGUCGCAACUGAAAACUCAUUGCGUGGAGUUAUCUAAAAGUUAUCCUAAGGCCUUGCCCAUGUCUCAAACUCAGUAUCGACGACCCAAUUAUACAGAAUCAAUGGAUUUGGGAGAUAUAUCAAAGCCACAUGCCGCGCAUGACAUUUGCCAAGACGGUAGUAACUUGGAGGGUAACUGUCAGUCCGCAGAUGAUGAACCGUAUGUUUCAAAUAGUAGUACGAAGCCAAUAGACAUUAUAUCCCCGAGAAAUAUUAAUCGAGAUCCGGCACCAUCACCUGCAAAAAGUUAUGAUUCACACAUGUCAAUUAUGAAGCAAGCAUCAGAAAAGUCUAUAUUUUAUCGACACGAAUAUCAAUCUCACUUGUUUAAUCCCUGCAACCCGCUUAGGAAUUUUGGUGACAAUAAUAUUAGUGCACAUUCAAGGAAGUGGAAGCAUGCAUAUCCAAAACGGGUGCCAUUGGAUCGUAUGAAAUGGCCAUCAAUGUGUACACCAGCCUGCCUUCCGCUUACCACUGAUUAUUUUCCGCCGAUUAAUGAAACCGGGUUGUAUCAAGAGCACACCUACAUUAUGAACCCGGAUCAAAAUAAAAUUGAAGAAAACUUGAAUGAAUUAAUUUAUCAACGUUUGUCUCAAGGAUAUCAGUUAAUAAUUCGGUCGGCGGAUGAAGAAAAACAUUCUCAACUUGGCAACUUGCAUCCGUAUUACCUUAGUAUGGGACGACAAGUUCAUAUGUUGGUGUAUGAUCCGUAUAAUCGGCAGGUAGAAGUUAAGAGAUAUGUUCGCAAUAUUGAAUACGGCACAACUCCAAUUUCCUAUUCUUGUGUAGUAUGGCCAAGAUGUCAAGAUUUUUAUGAGAACAGGAAAGUUACCUUCAAUUUUCCUGACCAGUCCUACAAGUGGAAUUAUGUUGAUCAAUUGGCUUGUGGACUUCAGGAUGAACUAUUGAAACAAGAUGCUUUGCUGUAUGAACUGAAAUUCUGGAGGACGAGAUUUAUUCUUAUACCAGCGGAGAACAGUUCGAUAGGUUUAGUAUCAGGUGCAACAUCUCCUGAUGAGGAAGCUAGAAUUGAUGGUAUAAUUAAAUUUCUCGAUUCAUUUGAAAGGGCCGCAAACAUGCGGACCGAUAAUAGAGGGGAUAUCACGUCAUUUUUGCGCUGCACUACGCUAGACCUAUCGAUUUACUUGAAAAACCCCGAUGAAGCAAAACCCUCAAAACCAAUGGGUAACCCGGUACUUACUAAAAACUCAUCACCAGCAGAAAUAGUCGCAGCAAUGUUGGAUCCUGAAUCAGAUUUGAUAAGAGAAAAUCGUUGGCGCUUAGGAUCAUAUCAAAAUUCCAUGAAGGGUAGUGAGUUUGUGCUUUGGUUACAAAGAAACUUUUCGGAUAUCAGAACCCGACAGGAGGCAAUAGAUUUUGGAGUUUCGCUACAAAGUCGAGAGGUUAUUGAGCACUGCGAAAAGAAGCAUAAGUUCAUGGAUGGAUACUAUAUCUACCAGAUAUGUCAGAAGUAUGCGGCAAGGCGCAAAAGUGGUUUUUUCUUGACUAAAGUGUUGAAGGGUACCCCAGCUGCUCCUAAAAAGUCAGCGGAUACCAUUGGUACAGUGGAUAACAUGGGUACAGGUAAUGAACCUCCUCCAGUUAUUGAGCUAUCUAAAGCGAUACUCAUUGAUGUUGAUCCGUCGAAAAAGAGUGAUCGAAAAGAGGCUGCUACAUUACACUACGAUACAAUUUACAAUCCAGAUAAUGGUUAUCAUUUUGAGUUAAAUUGGCUCCAGUGUACAUCCCGUCUUAUAGAGGAAAUGUUAAUUCAGUGGGGUAAUAUGGCGCGUAAGCAUGGUUUAAAAUUGGUAGAGGCGCCGAUUGAACAAGCAAUGAGCUUAAGCGAUAACAAUCCAUUUCAAUCACCUACCUUCAUAAAAUUAUCUGUACCCCCGCCACCAUUGGUAAGGGAGAAAUUACAUCCUCAUGUGGAUCCACAUUUAUAUUUCGAGAAACAACUAGUAAAAGAGUUUAAGUUCAUAUUAGAUGUUGAGGCCGACGAUAGAUUUCCCGAGGUGGUGCAAUACAAGUAUUCAUAUUACAAAACCGCUUACCAGUAUUCGCAAUAUAUACAUCGUUCCGGCGUGGCAUUCAUCCAAAUACGCGAUCCGGGUGAAGGGUUCCUUUGGGUUAACAAUCGAUUAUUUACGACCCAAAACAGUAACAGGGGUCACCCGAACCCGGACCAUCUGAUGAACGAAUUUCAACGUUUUUGUGAGAAUGAAACGGAGUUAGGAAAGUUCUGGGAAAAUGUGAAGAAUAAUGUGCCUUGGGUUGAAGAAGCUGAAGUUAUCGAUGGUGUUGAUGGUCACGAUGGCAAUGAUGGACGAGCUGAUGAUAGUACAGCCAACGAUGAUAAUGUUAACAGUUAUGAAAUCAACGGCGGCAACGUCAUCGAUGAAAAAGUCGAUGAAAAAGUCAACGGUGGUAAUGUUAACGGUCAUAAAAUAAACAAUGCUAACUUCAGCUGUGACAAAGUCGACGACGGCAAAACUAAUGAUGAAGAAGUUAAUGAUGGUAUAAUUGAUGAUAUCAAAGUUGACGAUUGCAAUUAA